AUGGACUAUAAUAGGAUGAACUCCUUCUUAGAGUACCCACUCUGUAACCGGGGACCCAGCGCCUACGGCGCCCACAGCACCCCUACCUCCUUCCCCCCAAGCUCGGCUCCCGCUGUUGACAGCUAUGCAGGCGAGACCCGCUAUGCUGGGGGGCUGCCCAGCCCCGCGCUCCAGCAGAACUCAGGCUAUCCGGCCCAGCAGGCGCCCUCGGCGUUAGGGGUGCCCUUCCCCAGCUCGGUGACCUCCGGGUACGCCCCCGCUGCCUGCAGCCCCAGCUACGGGCCUUCUCAGUACUACCCUCUGGGCCAGCCGGAAGGAGAUGGAAGCUAUUUUCAUCCUUCAAGCUAUGGGGCCCAGCUAGGGGCCUUGUCGGACGGCUAUGGGACCGCUGGAGCGGGCCUGGGGCCAUACCCUCCGCCGCAGCCCUCUUAUGGGACCGAGCAGACAGCGAGCUUUGCACCCGCCUAUGCUGAUCUCCUCUCCAAGGACAAGGAAUCGCCAUGCCCAUCAGAAACCAGCACCCCCACAGCCCGGACCUUUGACUGGAUGAAGGUUAAGAGGAACCCACCCAAAACAGCCAAGGUGUCGGAUCUGGGCCUGGGCGCCCCCGGAGGCCUCCGCACUAACUUCACCACUCGGCAGCUGACCGAGCUGGAGAAGGAGUUCCAUUUCAACAAGUACCUGAGCCGGGCCCGGAGGGUGGAGAUCGCCGCCACUCUGGAGCUCAACGAGACGCAGGUCAAAAUUUGGUUCCAGAACCGGCGCAUGAAGCAGAAGAAGCGCGAACGGGAGGGAGGCCGCGUGCCCCCAGCCCCUCCAGGCUGUCCCAAGGAGGCGGCUGGAGACGUCUCCGACCAGUCCACGUGCACCUCCCCGGAAGCUUCGCCCAGCUCCGUCACCUCCUGA